AUGCCUCGAUUUGACGAGUGGCAAACAGCUCCUGAGGUGGCGCGGAUGGCUCUAUCCCGGCAACUGCUGCGGGACAACGCCCACAUCGCUGCUUACCACUUCCAUAAACGUUAUACGCUAUUUAGGACUAUUGUCCUGAAGCAGAAGUUCAACCUAACGGACUCUUGGGGCCGCUACGAGUGGGGCGAGAGGAACGAUGGCCAGAUUAACCACUACAACCGCUUGCUUACCGUUGCGUGGCUAGCCAAUACAGAUGUUUCGCCCUGCACGAGCCUCCAGCAGGUAAUCGAUUACGCGGCCAAAUACUGCUCCAAGUCGGAAAAGAAGAGCGAGUCUUUUCUCCUUAAUCAGCUGGUUGCUGAGCGGGAUUACUCGAAGCAGGAGGUCAGCCACUUGCUCCUCGGCCUGCCGUUACAGGAAGGCUCACGAACCUGCCUGUACGUUGACUGCCGUAAUCCUGACAGGCAUUCCCGCUCCCUCCGUAUUGACGGCGAUGAGGUUGACGAGGCCCCCAACGUUUACGAAAAGUACACUCAACGCCCGGAAGCCCUAGCGGACCUAAGCUAUGUCUCCUUCCUCAAGUGCUGGAAUUUCCGUCCUAGGGACCCUUCCAAGUGGAAGCAAUGGCAGCCAGGCAACGUUAACGGCAGGCCUCGUCAACAGUGGCCAGAUUACUGCCGUGCAAAACUGACAUUGAACCACCCACAUCGGCGGUUUGAUGAGCUCCUCACAUUUGAUGGCCAGGUUUUCAGUUCUCAUGUCCAGGCCUUCUCCCAUUGUUGGCAACACCACAGUCAUAGUGAUGACCAUUACGGCCGGCCAAAAGAGGCCCGACUACAGCCUCAAGAUGAUCAAUACGAGGCUCUGCCUGUGGAGGAAGAGUUUGACGACGAAGACUGGAUUCGCCUCGCCGCCCUUUUACCUGACAACCCCCUUACUCAGGAAGAUCUUGACCUUCUUGGCCGCCGCGAUAUCGACGUCAAUUACGACUGGACACGGCAUGUGGGUACAUAUCCGGAACUUCGAGAUGGCUACUGGAAAGACUUUAUCGCUAGCCACCCCAUGGCCAACGAUGUGGAGGUCCUUGGCCCUCACUGGCGUAAUACGCUGAAUCCACAACAACGGCUCGUGUACGACACAUUCAUGGGUCACUUCCAGGCGCAAAAUCCUACUCAGGUCCUUCUCCACGUUGAUGGUGGUGGUGGCACAGCAGCCGCCCUCCCGAAUCCUAGCCCUAUUUACCGCGUGGCGCCAACAGGCGUUGCGAGCAACCAGAUACAAGGCAGCACCAUUCAUUCGUUGCUACGCCUCCCAAUAGGUGGUACUUUUACCGACCUUCCCCCGGCCGACGCAGCCGCCCUUCAGUCCCGCCUACGGCACGUCAAAUACCUCGUUAUCGAUGAAAAGAGCAUGCUAGGGCUUGAGCAGCUCGCGCGGAUCGACUCCCGUCUGCGGCAGGCCUUUCCACAGCGUAACCUCGAGUUCUUUGGUGGUGUGAGCGUCCUGCUUGUGGGCGAUUUCUUCCAGUUACCACCAGUCCGGCAAAAGCCCCUGCAUUCGACGAGCACCGGCCUGUCUUCGUUGGAAAGGAGAGGGCAGGUGGCCUACCGGUUAUUUGACCGUACCGUCUUCCUGACCACAGUACAGCGCCAGGCUGGUGAUGAUCAGGCCCAGUUCCGUCAGGCGUUGCAGGAACUGCGCGAAGCUAGGCUAACGCAGAGCGAGGUCCAUAGCUUCAGGACCGCUUUGCGAGUGUACUCUACAAAGCCAGCUGGCUUGGUUAACGGUGCUCAGGAUCCCCCAGCCGUUAUUAUGGGCAGGAAAAUCUCACCCAUCCUCCCAGUCAGGCGUGAUUUCCUGGUGGGCAACGAGACCUGCUCGCACGCAGUUUCCCUGAUGGUGGCGUUUGCCAUCACUGUUCACAAAUGCCAGAGCCUAACAAAGGAUCAAAUAGUUACUGAUCUCGCUACACGCGACUUCCAGGCCGGGAUUAGCUAUGUUGCCGUCUCAAGGGUUACAUCGCUGCAAGGCCUACUCCUUGAGGCGCCUUUCGAUCGUCAGAGCCUCUAUAACCACACGCCGACGGAAGGGAUGAAGAUGCGCCUCGCUGACCAAUAUCGCCGUCAGGGUCAACAGCUGACCGAUUCACCGUAUCCACCACCCUACCUUGACUAA